AUGGCGCGCACGGAAAGUGAUGUCGAGAUGGCAGACGAUGCGACUGGCGGCGCGGAGCAGAAUGGUUCCACCGGCGAUGAGUUUCGAAAGCAACGACUACGACUUCUACCCAACUCGACCGAAACCGCUGCCUCAUUCGCAUUCGACAAAGAAGAUCACACGCUCGGCAACGCACUACGAUAUAUCAUCAUGAAGAACCCCGACGUCGAGUUCUGCGGCUACUCGAUACCUCAUCCCUCGGAAGCUGUGAUGAACCUGCGGAUACAGACAUACGAUGAUGUGAACGUUUUCGAAGUCCUCCGCAAAGGCCUCGAAGAUCUCUCAGACCUCUGCGAUGUGGUGGAGGACAAGUUCGUUGCUGCGAGAGAUGAGUAUGCUGCAUCACAGCCGGGCGGCGAGGCGUCAUGA